AGUGUGAUUGGAUGAAUGGGAGCGUGUGGCUGUGCUUAUGUCUCUCUCUCUCUCUCGCUCGCUCCCUCUUUCUUUCUGCCCUAUUCUCUUCCCCUCUUUCCUUCCCUCUCCUCAGCCCCCCUCCUCCGUUUCUUUUCCCUUCUCUCCUGGUCAUUUUCUGUAGUGACUGGUCCGCGUUCUUUCCCUUUCCUCUUUUCCGCCUCAGCGUGAUCCAGCUGCUUUUCUCUUGACAACUGGGAAUGCUAAAACAGAACUGAUGGACAUUUCCGAACUUUGCAUCUCAGACCCUCUCAGCUACCAUAACCAUGUGAAAGGGAAUGGAUUGAGCAUAGAGAGAGGCGGCGUGUCUUGUCCGAUUCUGCAUUGCCGGCUGCUAGGCAGAAUGUCCACAGAUGAGCGGCACCUCACCUCCAGUUGUGGAUCCUUCAUUAAGACUGAGCCAUCCAGCCCUUCUUCUGGCAUUGACGCUAUUAGCCACCACAGUCCAAGUGGUUCUUCAGAUGCCAGUGGUGGUUAUGGCAUUACUAUAGGGGGCCACCCCAAUGGCCUGGACUCACCGCCCAUGUUCAACAGUGCAGGGAUUGGUGGUGGGCCCUGCCGCAAGCGGUAUGAUGACUGCGCCAGUGCCAUCAUGGAAGACUCACCCACCAAGUGCGAGUAUAUGCUCAAUGCCAUCCCCAAGAGGCUGUGUCUAGUGUGUGGGGACAUUGCAUCUGGAUAUCACUAUGGAGUGGCCUCUUGUGAAGCAUGCAAAGCCUUCUUCAAGCGAACAAUUCAAGGGAACAUUGAAUACAGCUGUCCAGCUACCAAUGAGUGUGAAAUCACAAAACGGAGGCGCAAGUCCUGUCAGGCAUGUCGCUUUAUGAAAUGCCUCAAAGUGGGGAUGCUGAAAGAAGGGGUCCGCCUGGAUCGGGUCCGUGGGGGCCGCCAGAAGUACAAAAGACGACUGGACUCUGAGAGCAGCACUUACCUGAGCUUACAAAUUCCCCCUCCUGCCAAAAAGCCAUUGACUAAGAUUGUCUCCCACUUGCUGGUGGCAGAGCCAGAGAAGAUUUAUGCUAUGCCUGAUCCGACUAUGCCGGAGAGUGACAUAAAAGCACUGACCACACUCUGUGACUUGGCAGACAGAGAGCUGGUUGUGAUCAUUGGCUGGGCAAAGCACAUCCCAGGUUUUUCUAAUCUUUCCUUGGGGGACCAGAUGAGCCUGUUGCAGAGUGCCUGGAUGGAGAUCCUCAUCCUGGGUAUUGUGUACCGCUCAUUACCCUAUGAAGAUAAGUUGGUCUAUGCUGAAGAUUACAUCAUGGAUGAGGAACACUCUCGUUUGACAGGGCUCCUGGAGCUUUAUCUGGCCAUCUUGCAGCUGGUGCGCAGGUAUAAGAAGCUGAAGGUGGAGAAAGAAGAAUUUGUCACGCUUAAGGCUCUGGCUCUUGCCAAUUCAGACUCAAUGCACAUAGAAGAUAUGGAAGCAGUGCAGAAGCUCCAGGACCUUCUCCACGAAGCUCUUCAGGAUUACGAGCUGAGUCAACGUCAUGAGGAGCCACGGCGCGCAGGCAAGCUGCUGCUGACCCUGCCCCUCUUGCGGCAGACAGCUGCCAAGGCGGUGCAGCACUUCUACAGCAUUAAACUGCAGGGCAAGGUCCCCAUGCACAAACUCUUCCUAGAAAUGCUGGAGGCCAAGGUCUGACAGGCCCAGCCCUACCCACACUGCCCGGGAAGCAGACUGAGAACAGAGAUGCAGCAGAGCAAACCAAACAGAGGUGGCAGCUGGCUUUUAUCUCCAAUCAUUUAUUACAGAAGAAUUAUUUAACGUCCAUCUGGUGGCCUGCCAGCCUGUACAUCCAUCUGAAGAUUAUUGUGUAGAGAAGGGGAAACUCUUUUAAUCAACAUCACUCUCUUUCUCUUUUUUUUUCUUUUUGUGGAAAAUUCCAGAACAAGCUCUUGCACUUGCAGAGGGAGCCAAAGGAAAUUUGGAGCCCAAGGGCAGUGAUGCUCUUUGCACUAUCCGGGGCAGCUGAUUCUUCUCUCUUCUGACCUUCUUUCUUCUAGAGAAAGGGAGUAGGGACUGAAGCAGAAAAUGGUGAAAACUAAGAAUGUAUAGUGUUCAUAGCAUGGGGGUGCUGGAGAGGGGGGUAAAAACAUGGGCGUCAGUGGCUCUGGGGCUUCAUACCAUUCUUUGAAGCGCAAGCCUUUGUGACAGUUGCUGGUUUGGACAGGCACAUCUCUUUAAGUCUAAAAUGGCUGCCCCUUAUGCUUAAACUAUUCAUAAAACAUGUACAUAAAAAGACUGUGCUUCAUAUUGGGAAAGACAGGUCUAACCAUGUAA